AUGUCAUCUGAGAUGAGCUGUGUAUCAAAACUGGAGAAUCAAAAAGAUUGCAAAGUUUAUUCUCUCUUAGAUUUGCCAGAGUGGACCUUGGAUUGCAUUCUGGAGUGCCUUUCACCGCUGGAUUUGCUUAGAGUGGCACAAGUGUGCAGCAGUUUGAGGAACAAAACCAGAAGUGAUGCUUUGUGGGAGAAGCUAAUCAAGCAGAAAUGGAGUAGGCUUGUUGGUGAUGUUGCUCACCAAGAGUGGCUGUGGCACACAACAAAAAUAAACACACAAAGCCUCUUGUUGUUACAACAGAAUCAGAGUGGAUUAUGUGGUUCUUUCAGUGGUGUUUGGCCUUCUCUAAGCUUCCAUUCUUACUUGGAAAAUUUCACUGACUUUAUUACUUUGUUUCAAAAUUGUUCCAAAAUGGCUUUGUAUAUCUGUCUAGAGAGUGGCCGCUUCUGGUUUCCUGUUCAGGUUUACAAGAAUGGAAAUCAAAACCUAUUCUGCUGUGAUGCCCUUGUCAGCUAUGACCGUAGAACCAACACCUUCCAAGCAAGGUCUCCAACAUGUGGGUGGAACAUGAUUGAAGGAAAUGUUCCAUGGGAUAGGUUGAGAAUGUCACCAGUUGAAACUUCUCCAAGGGCUUUUUAUAUGUCUAACUGUAUGAAUGAUUUGAAACCUGGAGAUCAGAUUGAGAUUCAAAUUAGAAGACGCACAGAUUCCCAUUAUAAUUGGUGGUAUGCUGUAAUUGGUCAUCUGGAAACAUGUGAAGAAGAUACGAGUCGUCAUUGCCACUGCCACUGUAAUGAGAUGUUAGUAGUGGAGUUCAAGCAAUAUCAUGCUCAAAGUAGAUGGAGAAGAUCAGUGUUGAAGAGAAACCUGAACGAGGAACAGGGUUCAAGGCCUCGCUGGUUCGGUGGAAUCAGAAAACUUGUUAACGAAGACGAGAUUAAAAGGUGGAACAACUUUCUUGCAUCUAAAUAAAUCUACGUCUUCAUGGAUCAAUUCAUGCAUAGUAGCUUAUCAUCAUAAUACCUUACUCAAGAUCUCCCACAAGUUAGGGUGCCAAAGAUAUGCUUAUACGAUUGCAUCUAAAUAUACUCAUUGUAUUA